AUGGAGGCCCCGAGGAAAAAGAAGAAGAAGAGGCUUAUGGCCCACAGAGAUUUUGUAGACAAUGCCUUCUUGAUGAGCUGUGACGGGCUUUGCUUCUCUUCGACAUUUGUGCUCGAUGGCGCUCCCGACUGGUCGGUUGAAGCGGUGGGCCGCUUUGACACUGGCGACAUAAGCAUUGCACCCAGCAUCUUGAUACGCUUGGCCGAGACAAACGAGCCCAAAUGUUACGGCGAAGAACGGAAAAGGCGGUUUCCAGACACGAAGAGCGUGCGCGAGAAGUUGGAAGACGGCGCCAAAGGCGAGGAGGCCACCUAG